UUUUAUUACUCGUCUUCUCAUUUCCCAACCCUGCAAUCAAGGCAAGCCUCGCUUUUCGCAUAUUCCUUUCUCUCUAAUCAGGGAUUUCGAUUCCAACUUUCGAAUUCAAUUCAAAAUUCAAUUCAAAUUUCCCAUUUCGUCAAAUCACAUUGUUUAAUCUUUUCAUUUGCACCUAUUCAAUUUCUUUUAUCUUCCCUCAAUUUUUUCCAGUUGUUGAUCUCCACUUUCAAUUCACUGGAAUAAAUUUUAUUAGUUGAUUAGCUAAAUCAAUUAAUCAAUCAAAGCUGAUUUGGGAUCUACAAUGACGAUCCCAGACCCCGAGCAUGCAAAUUCAUCGAACAAUGGAGUGAAUUACUCGCCGCAAGAUGAGAAGCGCAUCGUAAAGGAGUUGAAUGAUCAAGCUGAAUCUAAUCUCAAAGAAGGCAACUUAUACUAUGUUGUCUCCACCAGAUGGUUUAUAAGCUGGCAGAAAUAUUCUGACCAAGAAGUUGAAGAUUGUGAAAUGAAUGGGAGUUCACCAGAUUUACAUGGAGUUGCCAGACCAGGGCCUAUUGACAACUCUGAUUUGAUUGUAAAUGUAAAUGGUGGUGAUGUUGAUAACUUAGAGCUUUCAAGAACAUUGGAGGAAGGGCGAGAUUAUGUAUUAAUUCCUGAAGAAGUUUGGAAGAAGCUAUUGGAAUGGUACAAUGGAGGACCUCCACUGCCUAGGAAGCUGAUUUCUCAGGGUGCUAUUAACAAAAAGUUCAACGUUGAAGUCUAUCCUCUAUCUUUUAAGCUAACAGAUUCCAGGGACAAUUGUCAAUCUGACAUAAGUUUCAGUAAGAAGGCUUCUAUAUUUGAGCUUUAUGAGAAAGUAUGUGCACUUAAAGGGCUACCACAAGAGAAGUUCCAAGUAUGGGACUACUUCAAUGAGAGGAAGCAAUGUAUAUUAAUUCCAUCAGACAAGACUUUGGAGGAUGCUAACCUGCAAAUGGACCAACAUAUUCUUUUUGAGGUGCGAACUGUUGGGGAGGUAUCACCUGGCCUUGGGGUUGUUCCAGCUGGAAAUGAGCUGGCUUUGGUUCCAAUAGAACCCUCUAGGUCUGCUGUGACAAUUGCUGGGGGUCCAGCCUUUUCAAAUGGUUACUCGACGAGAUACAGUUCCAAUUUGUAUUCAGGAUUGAGUUCUAGCUCGACGUCUGAGAAUGGUGGUCAUGAUAACAAUGGUAGUGUCAGAAAGAAGGAAAAAGGAGGGCUGUCAGGGUUACAGAAUCUUGGGAAUACCUGCUUUAUGAAUAGUGCUCUUCAGUGUUUAGUCCAUACUGCAUCUCUUGUUGAAUACUUUCUACAAGACUAUUCUGACGAGAUAAACAAGCAAAACCCAUUGGGAAUGCAUGGUGAGCUUGCCACUGCCUUUGGUGAUUUAUUGAGGGAAAUGUGGUCUUCUGGCCGGACAUCGAUUGCGCCACGUAUAUUUAAGGGGAGACUUGCUCGCUUUGCUCCCCAGUUCAGUGGGUACAAUCAACAUGAUUCUCAGGAACUGCUUGCCUUCUUGUUGGAUGGAUUGCAUGAAGAUUUGAACCGUGUUAAGCAAAAACCUUAUAUUGAGAUGAAAGAUUCAGAUGGCCGACCAGACGAGGAAUAUGCAGAAGAGUGUUGGAAAAAUCACAAGGCGCGUAAUGAUUCGAUUAUUGUUGAUACUUGUCAGGGCCAAUACAAGUCGACAUUGGUGUGUCCAGUUUGCAACAAGAUAUCGAUUACAUUUGAUCCUUUCAUGUACUUGAGUUUGCCCCUGCCUUCAGUGACCAAUAGGACGAUGACGGUUACUGUGCAAUACGGUAACGGAAAUGGGCUCCCAAUGCCGUAUACUGUGACUGUUUCUAAACACGGAUGCUGUAGAGAUCUGAUCCAGGCAUUGGGAACUGCUUGCUGUCUAAAGAGUGAUGAGAGCCUUCUUCUUGCUGAGGUUUAUGAUCACAAAAUUUACCGGUAUUUGGAAUCUACUUUGGAGUCGUUGUCUUCCAUCAAGGAUGAUGAGUAUAUUUUAGCAUUCCGCGUUCCUAAGAAAUCGGGGUUAAAGAAACUGGAGAUAGUCCAUCAAUCCCCAGAAAAGAAGCUUUUAGGAUCGCCACUUGUCACCUAUUUGCAAGAAGAGCCACAAACUGUUGCUGAUGUUUGUAUUGCCAUCACGAGUAUCCUUUCUCCUUUGAGGAAAGCCCAUGUUUCGUUGAGUAGGAAUCACAAUGAGGAAAAUGGCUCUAUAUCAGGAGACAAUGAUGAAGCUGAUAAUGGGCACAUAGACAACACUGCAGGAAGCAAUUGUGCCAGCGAUGUACCUUUCCAGCUCACAGUAACUGACGACAGGCUUAGUGGCAAACUUAUUGAUGACGAUUAUGUCAAAAGUAGUUCUUUCUUGAGGGUUACUCUCCAUUGGACUGAUAAUGAACACAACCUUUAUGAUAUUAGCUAUCUGGAGGAUCUUCCUGAGGUGUGCAAGUCCGGAUUUUCUGCAAAGAAGACUCGGCAGGAAGCUGUUUCUCUAUUUUCAUGUCUGGACGCAUUUUUGAAGGAGGAGCCUCUUGGGCCUGACGAUAUGUGGUUUUGCCCAAAUUGCAAGGAACAUAGACAGGCCUCCAAGAAGCUAGAUCUUUGGAGACUGCCAGAGAUACUUGUCAUUCACCUGAAACGUUUCUCUUAUAGCAGAUAUUUCAAGAACAAACUAGAUACCUUUGUGAGCUUCCCCACCCAGAAUUUAGAUUUGGGCAAAUAUGCAAAGGACAAGGAUGCUUCCAAUGUUCGGUACGUAUACGAGUUGUAUGCUAUUAGCAAUCAUUAUGGUGGCCUUGGUGGUGGACACUAUUCUGCAUUUGCAAAGUUGAUUGAUGAGGACAGAUGGUAUAACUUUGAUGACAGUCACGUUUCUCCUGUAAAUGAAUCAGAAAUCAAGACAUCAGCUGCAUAUGUCUUGUUUUACCGUAGGGUGAAAGUUGAAGCAAAAUCUGAAGACAGAGGUUCAUCUUAGGAACAUAAUCAUUCUUAAAGGCAGUGUUGAUUGUGCAUAUCAUCAACAAACGGCAUUAUAAAUGUAUUUGUUGAGGCAGGCUGAAUUUAGCUAUAGACGGAGCUGAUGAACAAGGGUUUUUUGUUAACAAGAUUUGGAGGUAGGCCUUCGUUAUUCCAUUUGCUCAUUUGUUCAACAAAAUUUUGAAGUGAGCAGCUAGAUCAUAGAUUCUUAUGUAUAGGUCUGUGGCCAAUAUCAUUAGUCAUUAACAAUAUUAGGAAACAUUUUUAAGUCUUUUCACACCUUGUGGUGGAUUACUUAGUUUCAUUUUGGAGAACACGUUGAUGUGUAACUACUCUUUCCUACACCCUUCAUUAUGAAAAUUUUCUUUUGAUGA